GAUAUUCAAAAUGGCUGAUCAUGCAUCAAACACGGGAACGGUUUGAUUUACCGGCUUCUCGGCAAUUCUGUCGAGUUUACCUGUGUAAUUUAUGGACGGGAUGGUUGUGAACGCCAUCCCUACAUGGUCUUACACUCCACUGAAACGUACAUUUCCAUCGGAGCACCCGUUCUUUCAGGAAGGAGAGUUAUUUUGCAAUGUGUUAAGGCAACAGUUGGAUAAUAGCGAAGAAGUUGAUAACCUUAUCCAAAGAGCUGACUUCAAGUGUGAUAUUCCUGGUUGUGGAGAAUGGUUUUCUAGUGUACCAAGCUACGAGGCACACUACAACAGCUUACAUCGUCACACCUGUCAAAAAUGUCAGCGGUCAUUUCCGUCAACUCACCUGUUAGAGAUUCAUGUGCUGGAGAACCAUGAUACGUUAUUUUCAAUGAUAGCCACAAGGAAGAAUCUGUACAGAUGCCUUGUGGAGAGUUGUCCUGACAGAUUUUCAAGUGACAAAGAGAGAAAGGAUCAUUUAAUUUCCUUCCACAAGUACCCUUCUGACUUCAGAUUCAACCGUCCAAGCAGACAACAGCGGAAAAGCAAAAGUACAUGCAACAGACAGUCUGCCGAUGAAGUGAUGGAUACAUCACAUAUACCCCAGGAAGGGAGAGUGAACAAGCGAGCGAGCAAGCAGGCAAGUGAAGGAGCACACCUGGGGCAGCUGAGUCCACAGCCAACACCACACCAAAACAGAGGUUGCCAAGAACAAUAUGUUUUGGUAGAGGAUCAACCAAGGUAUUCCAAAGAAACUUUCAAAAAAAGAGCAAGAAAAAGGUCAAGAACAAAAGUGAUAAUGAAAAACACACUUCGCAAGAGGUCACAAUGAAUGAAGUGAGCUAACAAAACCUGAAUUAAGCCUCGCCUGUAACUAGUGUACAAGUACAUGAAAUGUGCGUCAAAAGAUAAGAGCUAAUGAGUUACUGAACAUGGAAGGCAAAUUUCUACAGGAUGCUAUGACAACAUUGCAUUGUGGAACUUUACUUAUGAAAUCCAUGUUAAAUUAACUUUGCCUACAGAAUUUUGGAAACGAAUUUAACGCCUGGGCAUUGUACUCACCAUAGCUUUAAAGGUGGUUUUGUUGUCAUAUCUAAAGUCACACCCCGCUAAUGGUUGCACAUUUAAUUCAGCACCUUGUUAACACAGGCAGCUAGUUGUUUCAAUUCCCUUUCUUAUUGUAUAUUGUAGCUAUUAAAAAAGAAUGACACCUAGUUGACACGACAGUUGUUAUGAGACGUUACUGAAUAUGUACCACACCAAAAUGGCCAAAAUCGAAUUCUUCUUGUUUGUUACAGUACGAUAACUGACAAGCAUGACCUUGAGAGCUUCAGUAUUGUUACAUGUAAGACUAAAGAUAAGUUGUGUGAUUUGAGUCCCAGAUGAAUUGUGGAGAGUUCCGGCAAUAAAACACUAACUUGUUUGUAUA